UUAGCCUUAUGUGUAGUUAUUUAGUUAAGAAAACGUCUUUCAUUUCCUAUUAUGUCAUACUUUAGCUAUUUAAUACAUUGAUGAUACAUGAUAGCUACAUUUAGUAACAGUAGCUUUAGAACAAACCUUUAGAUUAGAUUCUCUCUUGGCACAUGUCAGUAUUAGCAGUUUAAAUAAAACCUGCUUAAAAUGUAUUGCUAACUUAAACAUUUGGAAUACAAGUCAUAAUGUAUUAAUAGGCAGUUUAUAAAUUUAUGCAAAAUAAUCCACUGGUCCAUUUCUCCUACCAUUUAUCCAUAAUUUAAAAUAAAGUAAAACAAAUUUUUUGUAGCUCUGAAGUUGCAUAAAACAUUGUGUAAAGCUGUAAAAAUGCAUGAUGUCUUGAAUUAUUAUUACAGAAAAUUCAGCCUGAUGGCUCUAUCUAAACCAGAGACUCUUUCACUGGAAUGCAGUGAGCUCCCUGACCAGGUUCUGUUUGUGGGAGAAGUAACCUUGGGUGAGAAUGCCAGAGACAUUAUGCAACAGAAGACCGAAAAGCAGAAGCAGAAACAGAUAAUUUUAAUGGCUGCAGUUGCCCUUCUCAAUUCUGGUGGGGGUAUAGUCCGUGCGGAGAUCAAUAAUGAGAACUACAGCUAUCUCUCAGAUGGUUUAGGCCUGGACCUAGACAAGGCUUUGAAACAGCUGGUUAAUCCAUCGGCUGCAGAAGAUUACUUUGGGUUUUUGCAAAUAGGAGUGAACUUCUUCAUUUUCGUGAAAACAUGGAGCUCCAUUGGGGGUCGGGUACGUCUUUGUAGUAUUGACACCGGCCUCCGAAUAAGAUCUGGAACAUCAGCUUCAAAUGUUGAAAAUUAUGCAGUAACAGAGUUCUUAAGGAAGCAGAAGAUGAAGAGAAAUUUGGCAAAAGGACAAGGUGAGAGCAGGUUCACCCUGAGCACCUCCAGUGGCGNUGGUCAGCAGCUGUUUGAAAGACAGGAAGUUCAGCCUGGAGAAGAGUUACCAUUUGGGGAGAGUGUGAAUGUGGAGCUGAAGAGUUUUAGUAAUGAAAAAAACCUUUUUAAAAGACUUAAAGGAAUCAUUCCAAAGUACAUAAGUGCCUUUGCCAACACUGAUGGGGGCUACCUCUUCAUUGGUGUUGAUGACAAAACAAGAAAAGUUGUUGGAUGUGGCAAAGGUCUUAACAAGGAAUCCAUAAAGACAGAAGUCGAAGUCAUGUGCCGCAAGGUUAUCAAAGUUCCCUGCUCAGGCUGCACUCAGGAGAAUGACUGGUCUGUGGAAGUCCGCAUCCUCGACGUUCUUGGGGGAAAUGUCAGUGACCCUCUAUAUGUUGUGGCUAUACACAUUCCAAAGUUUUGCUGCACUGUUUUUGAAAAACAUCCGGAUUCAUGGCACCUUGAGGGCACAGAGGUGUGCCAGAUACAGGCUGCAGUCUGGAUGGAAAAGGUGCAGGUGACUGAUUCAGAGAAUACGGAGUUAUGUGCACAGUUUGAGAAAGUGCUCAGUCAGAAUGCUGCUCCUCCAAAAUGCAAGCCAGUCUAUGGGAUCAGAGAUGACCACCUAAGUUCUUUGCAGCAGAAAUUGUUCCCUAUUUAUGAAGGGAAAGUAACAAUCACACCCGAUGACCUUAAACAGAAUUGGGAAAAGUAUCCAAAUCUUCAAAACUUGAUGCCAGAAGACAGCCAAGGAGUCCUGAUUCUCUCCAACAGCUGGGCAGUUGAUAUUGACAGACCAAAAAACAAGGAGGUCAUUUGUGAAGCCCUCCUGAUCUGUGAACAGGAUUACCCUAAACUUUUCUUCAUGGUGGAAAAUGGAAGCUCUGAUCUGUGGGAAUAUGCCAAGGAUACUGCCUUCCACCUCAGACAGAAGUUUGUGAAUCUUGGAGGCUAUUCAGAAUGGGUCUGUGUGAUCCCACAACUGGUGAACUGUAAGACAGGGCAGUUACUACCAAGAAAUCAGGGUAGUCCUGAUACUGUGAUAGAGCAUCGGUACCCAAAGUGCUACAAGCCUGAGAACAUGGAGGAAGUGCGAGCCUUACUACAGGCCCUGGUGAUUGUAGUAAUGAGCUUCACUUCAGCACUCAGCAAUCAGUUAGGGCAGGAGUUCUUGAAUUUGCUCACAUUUGAGCAGUUCCAAAUCCUUCACUCAAAAUAUGACGUACAGGACAUGAGACAGCUGUUUGUUCACGGCUAUCCUGGAACAGGGAAGACUGUGCUGGCAACCCUGGUAAUCAGGAGGAUUAAAAAUACAUUUGGGUGUGAAACAAGUAAUAUCCUUUACAUCUGUGAAAACGCACCACUAAACGUUUCUAGUUUUUUUAUUCAAAACUUCGUAAAAUAUUGUUUUUUUAAAAUGUAUUUUAAAAAUUGUUUUUUUAAAAUUGAUUUGGUAACAAGUGUAACAGAGCCCUUUUUCUUCAGAAAAAUAUACUUCAUGGAAGAAUUAUUUCCAGGUAUUAAGCACAUAAUUGUGGAUGAAGCCCAGAAUUUCUGCCUGGAAGGAGAUUGGUAUAAAAAAGCAAGACAGAUAGUGGAACCAGAGAAUGGUGUGUUUUUGGAUUACUUUCAGCAGCGUUACAUAGAACCUAAUGGUUUACCAUUACCUUCAAGACAAACCAAUAAAGUUAUUUUAGUGAAAUCCUUGUGGAAUAGCUGCAUGCACUCACUUUCAGGUUAUUAUGAAGAGAUAAUCACAACAAAAAAAGAAAAAUUAUCCAUACUGACAUCACUCUUAAAAAACCCGUUAAGACAAGGAACCUUUCCAAAAGAUAUUGCCAUUAUUGGUUUAACUUGGAUUAGCACUGAUAGUGUGAAACUUCGUUUGACAUGGGAAAUUAACCUUCCUUUGGGUUCAGCAGAGAAUUUAGAUGAAAAUGUGGUUGUUGUUGACUCAGUUCGCAGGUUCUCUGGUCUGGAGAGAAACAUUGUCUUAAUCUAGUGGUUCAGAGAAAAAUAAAAGACCAGUUUUUCAUUUCGGCUAUCUCCAGAGAUAGAAUACAACUAUGUUAUUUUUGUGAAAGUGUAAAAUUUUUGCUCUUUCCUAAGUCUGUCAAAGGUACUGCAAUGUAAAUAUGGCCAUUUCUUUUUGUCCAUCCUAAGCUGUGGCCCAAUCUACCUUGCUGCUCCUUUUGCUUAUUGAUAUGUAUAAUUAUCUAGCAUUCCAAGUUUUGGUUACACUUUACAUUAACAGCACCUUCAUAAUACCUUUGUAAUGCAUUCUGAGAACAUCCAGAGCAGCAUGUAAGCAUGUCGCAAUAUACUAACAUACCUUAACAGCUUUAAUAUACAUUAAUAAACA